AAAAGAUAAACAAGACCGUAGCUCGGCUUACCGGCUUUACUGGCAUCGCAGCGAAGAACAAGCCAGGAACCGACCCUCCAUGUUAAGCACAGGCUGCCGAUGAAAAUAAUUCGGUUGUCUUCUAGUACUAGUACUGUACAUCAUGUGAAAUUCUUGUUAGAGCAUAGUUCUCCCAAUAGACCAAUUUUUCCGAAACGAUGAGAAGUAUGACCAUACUAAGUAGAUGAAAGCCGAAAAGCAGGAAAUAUCUUCUAAUUUUCAGUGAGUGCGAAAGUGGCUAGAAUUCUGACAUCAAGAUCAAGAUGAGCCUAAUCAUUCACAAUUACUUUUACUAUGUACUAGAAGUUGUUUGUAGUUGGUGAGUCUUGAGUUCUCUACAACCCUGAGGCCAAUGAAGGACCACCUGAAAAAGAAUCUUUUCUAAUGUGGGUGCUCAACUCGUGCUUGCGAUAUUGCGCACGAUGCAAAUACGUGCUGUGAAGUGCGUGAGUAUUGCCCACAAUCCCCAACGCAGGCCGCGUCCUCGUCAGAUGCCUUACCACUUUCCGAGCCAUUGCUUUUCCACCAGUAUAUUUUUGUGGAAGCGAUAGUCAGGGCUCAGUUUCCUGACAUUUGUGCCACCGCUUGCGUAUUUCCUGAUCUCGUUGUGCCUGAGGCUCCUGGUUCUUCGCUCCUUUCUUUUGCAUCGUCCAUGAACGCAGAAGCAGAUGGCAAGGAGGCU